CACGGUGAACGAAUUCUACGGAAGGGGGCGCAGCGUGAGGGCGGGUUUAACACCGAUCCGCGAGGAGGAAGUGAUGGCACCGCGGCGUCACGCGAACGGCCACGCUGGUGUACUGAUGGAAAACGGCGGUGGAGGAGCCGGUGGCGGAGGUAUAAACGACAUGAUGGAGAACAACCUGCUAACACAGAAUCAGACGACCCGUUGCUGCACGCCUACCGGUGAAUGCCUACGGGGUGAUACUUUGAUUCGCUUGAAUACUCUACACGACACGGUGAAGGUGACGUGCAACAACGACAAUUGCCCGGUCGGUCAGUUCAUGCAUCGCGAGUGCUUCGACGCCUGGGAACAGACGGUGCUGACUUAUCUGAAGAGUUGCGGACGCGCCCGUAGCUGGUCCGAGCGGCAGCGCCAUCAGAACCUAUGGACGAAAAAGGGUUACGAUCUGGCGUUUAAAGCGUGCGGCUGUCGCUGCGGUCGCGGACACCUGAAGAAAGAUCUGGACUGGAUGCCACCGGGGGCGGGGAACGCGACCGGUAACCGACAGGACGAGAACGAGGCGAAGAAAAAGAAACGACGCAAUCGUCAGAAUACGAGGCCUACGUUGGCCGUUUCGGCCGGACCUCCGAGCCACGGCAAUCACGUUUCGACCAACGGUCGCGGUACCACCGAGGCGCAGUUGAUCGAAUCCGGUCGUGGAAGGGCUGGUUCGCUCUCGUCCAGCACCGGUUCCAGCUCACCACCGGCCACCAGCGAGCCCAGCGUUAGCCCUCUUCAUCAGCCGCAGGUCAUCAUGAAGAAGAAGAGCAAGGUUGAUUUCUUCAGCGAUCGAGCUCGGCAAAGCUGCGGUGCCAAUGGGAUCUUCUCUCGCCGUCUGGACUUCAGCGCCUUCAACAGCCUGCCCCGGACCAAACUGAACUCCUAUCACAUCAAGAUGGAAGACGAGGGCAAUCAUGGCAACGACGACACCAGAUGCUUCAUCCUGUCGACGCUGGCCGCGCUGCAGUGGUCCAGAGUAUCCUGUGUCCUUUGCCGAGCACCCAUGCUCGUUUUCGACAGGUAUCCUCUGGUGGACGGCACCUUCUUCCUGUCACCGAGACAACACUCGUCCGCCUGUGCCGAGGUUAAGGUGGAAGGUCGCACGCAAUUCUUGUCCGCGGUGUGCAUGAGUUGCCUGGAAGGCAGCGGUGGGCAGCCCGUGCGUUGUCGUUGCUGUACUCAGACGUGGGACGGGUCUAGCUUAGUCCUUGGCACGAUGUACAGCUACGAUAUCUUUGCUGCCAUGCCCUGUUGCACCGAGCGACUCAAGUGCAACAGCUGCCAGAAGCCCCUGAUCUAUCCGCACCAGCGGCUGAACUUCUACUCGGACUACAGCCGCGUAUUCGCGUGCCCGCAUUGCCGAGCCGUGGACGCCCACUUCGUGAAACCGCUCUCAGUCUGCUUCACUCGCGAGCAGUUUCAGCUUUAUAGCCAGUGGCCGUAACCAUUAGGGAACUUAGCUAACCGGCGUCUAAGCACCGCGACUGACCCGUGUCCCCUCUUCUUCGACCCACUGAUCUCCCUGCUCCGGGCGACCUUGCUCUAGAUCCUCCGACACUCGUCGCAUCGUUUUCGUUCUUUCUCGCGACCGAUCACCAUCGCUGGGAAGACGAACAACGAGGAAGCAGAGGAAGAAGAAGGAACGCGAAAACGAACGGAAGAGGGUAGCGAAAAGCGCGCGAAAAAUCUCCGCCCUGACACUCCGCCUCGCCGCUCGGCCUCAUCCAUCCCGGGAAACACCAGUUUUGUUUUCUAUACAGACGAUCGACCAUUUCUUUCUGUUUUUAGUUCAUCCUUCUUCGAGCAUCUCGUCCAGUCGCGUCUUCCGGUCAUCGGGGUAGCAGCAGUCUAUUACGUUGAACACCGCGUUUUUAGAUCACGAGAGGAGGAUCGACGAAGAUCUAUGGAUGAUUUUUCAUGUUCGUGCUCCCCGAUGUCGGAACCUGGUAUCUGGCUUAGAUGCUUGUGGUUAUUAGCAAAGUCGACGAAGAAGCUUUUGUCCUGUCACACAGCGACCAAGGUCUCGGAUCUUGCCGAAACGAUCGAUGAUCCGGGAUCGAGCGGCAGGCGGAAGUGUCUCGGGGUCCCGGCGAGCUCCCGUAGCAGCGAUAACGUUUAAGGUUUUUCUUUUUCAAUGUCGAUAGUAGGGUUUAUCUAUGUUAAUUCAACGCGAGGGACGAUGAGCCGCGACGAGUCUAUACGAUCUAACGAUCGACACGUGGCAAUCGACGUAUCUCGACGGCGUAUCGAUUGAUUCGACGGAGCUUAAAAGGUCUUGGCACAGGAAUUCGAGCUAAGAAUCAUCGUCAGUAUUAUCGGUAAGGAUAAAUUCCCC